AUGGAUAGUGCGUCAAAACAUAUAGCUGAUGUGUUUACAGAUCUUCAUAAAAUUGGAGAAGGGACCUAUGGAACGGUUUACAAAGUUAGGACAAAACAAGAUGGAGAAUUAAAAGCUUUGAAGCAGAUUAGAUUAAAUCAAGGUUGUGAAGGUGUGCCAAGUACUUGUAUUCGUGAAGUUUGUUUGUUAAAGGAAUUGACACAUCCAAAUAUUGUUCAUUUGGAAGAUGUUAUGAUUCACAAAGGAAGAAAGCUUUAUUUAAUUUUUGAAUUUAUUGAUCAAGACCUUAAAAUGUUAUUAGAACGUUUGUCUCCGCGUCCAUUGCCCGUUCCUAAUGUUAAGAGUUUUAUUUGGCAAAUGCUUCAAGCUUUGGCUUAUUGUCAUACACACAGAGUUGUCCACAGAGAUUUAAAACCUCAGAAUUUGCUUGUGAAGAAUGAUGGGACUAUUAAAUUAGCUGAUUUUGGAUUAGCUCGAGCCUUUUCGUUGCCAAGUCGUUGUUACACCCACGAAGUUGUAACGCUUUGGUAUAGAGCGCCAGAAGUACUUUUGGGUGCUCUCUAUUAUUCUACAGCUGUUGAUAUUUGGAGUUUGGCUUGUAUUUUUGCGGAAUGUUUACGUAAUGAGCCUCUAUUUAAAGGAGAUUCUGAGAUUGACCAACUUUUUAGAAUUUUUCAAAUUCUUGGAACGCCUAAUUCUAAGGUUUUUUUUUUAAAUAAAAAUUCUUUUUAG